UGUUUUGGUCUCGUCGAUUGUAAUUUUUGCACUAAUUUAGCAACUAAUCACUUAAAAUAUUAACCAAAAGUAGUGAAAAUCGUGAAAUGGUGAGUUAAGGUACAAUUUCCGCUAAAGCUAUGUGGAAAAUUGUAUGAAAUUCUUUAGAAAAGUCAGUUAGAAAUCUGGACCCAAUUCAUCAUGAAGAUUCUGCAGCCAGCUUGGGUUCACCACGAUGAAAAGGCUAUUUUUUCGAUUGACAUCCACCCGGGUGGCGAGAAAUUUGCCACCGGAGGUCAGGGAAAUGAUUCCGGCCGGGUCGUGAUUUGGAAUAUGGCACCGGUGAUCAGCGAGGAAGCAGAGAAGGAUAAAAAUGUUCCGCGGAUUCUGUGCCAAAUGGACAACCAUCUAGCUUGUGUGAACUGUGUCCGAUGGAGCGGUAGUGGCACAAUGCUGGCAUCAUGUGCGGAUGAUAAGCUGAUAAUGAUUUGGAAAAAGAGUGCCGGAGGAGGAAGUUCGUUUGGAUGUGGAAAGACGGUGGAGCAUUGGAGGUGUAUUGCUACCCUACGGGGACAUGCAGGAGAUGUGCUAGAUCUGUCGUGGUCACCGCAGGAUCAGUACAUUGCCAGCAGUAGCGUGGACAAUACGGUCAUCAUUUGGGAUGCUAAGGAAUUUCCGGCAAUCCUUCAGGUAAUGAAAAGUCACACAGGGCUGGUGAAAGGAGUAGCGUGGGAUCCGGUCGGAAAGUUUGUUGCAUCGCAGAGCGAUGAUAAAACGUUGAAGAUUUGGAAGACUUCGGAUUUCACGCUGUUUAAAACGAUUACGGAACCAUUUGAGGAAUGUGGAGGUACGACUCAUAUUUUGAGAUUAUCAUGGUCUCCGGAUGGUCAGUACUUGGUGUCGGCACAUGCCAUGAAUGGUGGAGGGCCGACGGCACAAAUAAUCGAGCGCGAAGGAUGGAAGUGCGAUAAGGAUUUCGUAGGGCACAGGAAAGCGGUCACUUGCGUAAGGUUUCAUAAUGCGAUUCUGAAAAGGAUGGUACCAAAAACGAACAAAUCUCAGCAGUAUUGUUGUUUGGCCGUUGGAUCACGAGACAAGAGUAUAUCGGUUUGGCUGACUGCUUUGCAGCGGCCACUAGUGGUGAUUCACGAUCUCUUUCAGGAUUCGAUCUUGGAUCUUAGUUGGAGCCAUAACGGCUAUAUCCUGCUGGCUUGUAGUGGCGACGGACACGUAGCUUGUCUUCAAUUUAGUACUGAAGAACUUGGAACUCCACUAUCGGAAGAUGAUCGAAACAGUUUGUACCAGCGAAUGUAUGGAAAGGAUAUUACCGCCUUUGAUUUGAAUGGUCAAUCUGGCAAGGAUUCGAUUAUAGAAAAUGCCGAAUUGUUGAAUGUAUCUCAAUGCAAAUUAACCGCACCAACAUUAAUACCUCAGUCAUCGCAAAAUGCCACUAAAAUAAUCUCAUCCGCCCAGCCCCCAGUAGCUAUGCAAUCGUCAACUAGUCAAGAAACCCAGCGACCAAUCUUAAAGCAAAUUGAAACGAAGACUGCUGACGGUAAACGACGGAUUACGCCGAUGUUUGUUCCACUUAAUGACGACGUGGAUGUCCCGGCCUCCGGAAGUGGUACAUUUUCCAGUAGCAGCGCCGCCAGCAAAAGCAACAUCAUCUCUGUCGAACAACAACCCGUGCCUACCGGUGUCAAGAACGUAAGCGAAAUUGACAUCGAAAAUCUUACGGCCCAAACUGCCAAACUUGACAGUCGACUGAAGAAAUGCUCAGCACCCGAGCCCCCGGGGCGGACAGAAUCAAUUCCAGACGUUGAUACUAGCACGAAAAGCCCAGCGAAACGUCCAGAGGGUAGUCAUCAGCCUGUGCUUUCCGGCAAAGCAGUGCCCAUCAAGGGAAAUCCAGUAAGAGCCAUCGGAGAAUACCGAGUCCAGGUCAGUAACGGGGCAGUGAAGACCGGCUAUGGACCACUGGGUAAAGUAGUGACCAAUCUGUUGACCCUUCCCCGACCGGAUAAAAAGGUUUGGGAAACGGUCAUUGGAUCGCCGGUUGUCAGCUUUUCUGUUGCCAGGAAGUACGUCUUGCUUUGCAGCAUAGAUGGCAGUAUCCGAUUUUUUGACAUCCACACAGGAUCGCCAGUGCUGCCGGUGAUGAGUUUGACUAGUCCGGUAGUUCAUUGUACGUUUAGCCAUGAUUGUCGACUGGGUGCCGUGCUAACGGAAAAUUGUACGUUGCGAAUAUGGGAUCUGGAUGAACAGACGAUCUUCCUGAAUGGCAGCUGUCAGGAUAUUAUGGGGUCGGGUUACGCUACACUGCUGCACGUGUCGGACCAUGGAAUCCCAUUCAUUAUCUUAUCGAAUGGAUCUUCGUUUUCCUACUGCAAAAAACUGGAAAGCUGGCUCAUGACCAGCUCAUCGGAUCCGAUAAUGCGCCAUGGGUUGAUGACCACCAAAAUCGGUUCCACGGUUCGAAACAUUAAAGCAUUCCCAUUGAGCACGGUUCAAUCGUUCUCCAACUUUCAACCAAUCAAUGCCCGGAGUUUUCUGGAAAACCCUAAUACCGCCUGGCAGAACUCGGCAAUGCUCGCGUUUGUAGAAAACCAGAUAAAGAUAGCCGAAAUGAUCAAUUCUCCGCCGGAAAUGAAACACUGGUAUCUAAUGCUGGGCUUCCAGCUUGCUCAGCAUGGGACGGAGGAUAAGAUCCGGCAGGUUUUGGAUAGUCUGCUUGGAUCACCAUUCCGGAUGGAAGACGGAUCCGAAUCGUCCAUCCUGGGCAUCUCCAAGCACACGUUGCUGGAGGAAAUUUUGAACCAGCUGAAAACCCAACCCAAAUGGCAGCGAAUCUACACGGAGUAUGCGGAACAGCUCAAAUUCUUUCGGCAGCAAACCACCGAAGACACAGACAUGAAGGCAGAAGUCGAUCCGCAUGCCGGCAUGUUGCAGUCUCUGUAAGUACUUGAAGUUUGACAAUAUGUUU